AUCAAUGUUCUCGGCUGUUUCUAGCGCACUUGUUCUCAUUUUGUCCACAUAUUCAUACAUCGCCUUUGUUCCAUCAUCUAUUCUCUCCUGAACCUCUCCUAAGAUAUGCUUGACCUUCUCCAUCUGCUGCUUCAGGACCCCAUAUCAAGCCGAGCCAUUUCCUCCUCGCAUGGUGGGGUCGAAAAGACUGAAAAAAAUGCAUCUCUCCAGCUCGCAUACGAAUUCUUCCGUCGGACCGCGGAGCGGCUGUAAUAAAUGCCGGAAAACGGCUCGACCUGUAGCCUAGUGCAUGACGAAUGAACCUUAUCUUUCUUUCACAAUCGUUUCUUACAUCUUUGUCUACUGAAUUCAACAAGUUCAUGUGUUUUGAGGCCAAGAUCGCCUUGAUCAUUAUGCGUUGCUUCCAUGAGGGGUGUAUGAAACCUACCCAAUGCACAAACAAGUGCAACGCGGGUCCAUUCUUUCCGAACCACCAUGGCCAUGAAACCUACUACAUCGUCUGCUACGACCACUGACUCGGAAGACUGGAUUGACUGGGUGUAUCGCUCCUACCCCGGCCGCACCCACCAGGAAAUCAUUGAUUUCUAUGUAUCCCAAUACGGUUCUGUCGAGGCAGCCCAACUUGCCAUUGAAGAAUUCCGCGCCAGUGUUCCAAAAACGGAGAAGCAAAUCGGUCGCUAUCCUACUCCUAACGAGGUCAUGUAUGUCGUUGAUAUCAAUGACAAAAUAAAAAUUGGCAUAUGGCGCGGAGAUCUGGCAGACAUGCAUCAAUACCAGUUCGCUUUUAUCAACCCCGACUCUGGUCGACCAGUUCCGACACCUCGUGGCGUCCAUGUUUAUGGAGUACCACGUCCAGAUGGAGGUGGGACAGCAGACGAAUUGUUCUCGAUUGAAAGGGCCUCUGGCCUGAAGGCUAAAAUCCUGAGCGAAGUCUUCGUAGUACCUGAGGGUACAGUAUGUCGUGUUGAGGGACUGGAGAAAACCGUUCACUUUGCCCUUCCUAUACAUGACGACUUUGUCCUUGCCCCGUUGAGGAUCUUCAAUAAGGCAUCAUCGCUGAGCUGGUUCACGAGCUAUACAUGGGUCCUUAAAAUCGCGAAAGCAGAACACCAAGCCGUACGGAUGGAGGUAGUCGAUGGCUCAAAGUUCUAUAUCGUAGACUUUGACGAUCUCGAGGUGCUUGACUCCUAG